UCGCAGCUCAUCAGCUCAGGAACGCUGGUAUUGCCUUAGCGACCAUCUAUGUAGUUGCGGUUGUGAAGGAGGUUGCCCAUACCUGAACGCGGCUUAGCGCUAUCAACCGUCCUGGGCUAUGGUAGCGUUCCACGGGUAUUCUCGGACUUUCUUUCAGGCGUCGGCCACAGCCCUAUCUCCCCAGCCUUCUACAAGCCUUAUCUGGGGUAUCUUGGUAACACCUGGUAGCACGCGACAGCACCAUAUUACCCAAACGCCUCGACUGUCAUAUCUAAGAGCCAUGCUAUGAUCGCUCCGAUUUAGUGACGGGCCGGGCUGCUCGGCUCUGUUUACCAGCUUAGCAGACCCUUUUGACCAUGGGACAAUUGCCCGGUACCGACGUCUCACUUGCACUCCAUAUGACUGGCAAACACGCUUUGACCAGAGCCGUAUCUUGUGACCCAGCUCUCCCUUCCCGACAGAAGCCUAUCAACCCUUAUCAUGUUGACCGCCGAACAAAGCAGCCAGUGGAAUGCUAUAAGGUGCAGAGGUGCGGGCCUUGUUCGCGGUCACCCAUUCUUGACCUCAAAGCACCAAGGACGUCUCCUCUGCUAUAUUAGCGUGAGCAUCUUGCUGCUCUCGAUCUCAACUCAACACCACAUUUCUAUGGCCUCGAACUCUCUUCUUCUCACCAAAACCGAGGACUACGACAACGACGUCACUGUCGGAACGAUAAAAUGUACCGCGCCCGUUGCAUUCGGAGGCGAAGAACAAUGGUUCUAUCUACCAGCCACCAAGAAGUUCGACCUUACCCGCGGAGCAGCACAGAAGAUGGUCUUUGAAUGCGACGCAGACGAGCGCCAUACCGGCUUCAUGAUCGACCCCGGAACGUCGGUCCUGAUUGUCGUCGACAUGCAAAACUACUUCAUCAACCCAAUCUACCGAGACCACGCAGCGGGUCUUGCCGCCAUCGAACCAACCCUGAAAGUCAUCGAGCGGUGCCGAAAGGAGGGUAUUCAGAUCGCCUGGCUCAACUGGGGAAUCAACGACCAGUCUCUCCAAAGCAUGGCGCCUGCAAUCCAGCGAGGCUUCAGCACGAGCUUGGGCUGGCACAUCGGUCUUGGUGCUCAGCUUCCUGCGAAGCAGGGAAGAUGUCUUUUCAAGCGCACAUGGAACGCCGAGCUCUAUGACCCUUUCAGAGCCGUUGCUCAGCCUGGAGAUCUCUUCUUCGACAAGACGCGCAUGAGCGGGCUAUGGUCGACUGAGGAGCCACUUCACGAGUAUCUGCGGGCUGUCGGGAAGCAGACGUUGCUCUUUGCGGGUGUAAACACGGAUCAGUGCGUCUUCGGCACAGUGUCUGAUGCGUACUCCUACGGCUGGGACUGCAUCAUGCUGCGCGACUGCACAGGGACCAUGACGGGUCGGGGUGCACAGGAACUGACGGAGUAUCAGGUGUCAACAAACAUGGGGUUCGUGACUACGAGCAGCGCAUUCUGCGAAGCGCUGAUCUGCGAGCAUUUUGAGGGGUGCUGAGGUGGCCUACCCAGCUUCGUUUGCGGGAUCUUUCUGUGGGCGGUCCGUUGAUUGUUGCGUUUUUGAGCGUUCGUGUUAUAUAUACCCU